AUGGCCAUGCUUAAGCAGUUGACAAUCAACUUGCCAUUAGUGGAGGCACUGGAGCAAAUGCUCGGGUACGCAAAGUUUAUGAAAGAUCUUGUUACAAAGAAAUGGAUAGUUAGUUAUGAAAUGGUGUAUAAUAUUCAUUAUUAUGGUGCUAUUUCCAAAUGGUCAUUGGUGCAUAAGAAGUCAGACUCAGGAGCAUUUACUAUCCUGUGCACUAUUAGGCCUCUUGAUUUUGCAAAAGCUCUAUGUGAUUUGGGAGCUAGUAUAAAUUUAAUGCCGCUUGUUGUGUAUAAGAAACUGGGUUUGGGGGAUCCUACUCCCAUGAAUAUGAGAUUAGUUAUAGCAGACAGAUCUGUGAAGCGGUCCGUAGGAAUUCUAUAUGAUGUAUUAGUUAAGGUGGCCAGUUUCAGAUUUCCAGCUGCUUUUGUCAUUCUCAAUUGCGAGGUGGACUUAGAGAUGCCCAUAAUCUUGGUUAGACCUUUUCUCACAAUUGGGAGUGUACUUAUUGAUCUAAAGGCAAAUGAGCUACUAUUCAACUUAAAUGAUAAAGUAGUUCGAUUCGAUGUAUGCCAGUCCAUGAAAUAG